CGGGAGGACACGAAAAUGGCGGACGUACCAGAGAACGCACCAGAACACUGCCCGGGCACAGCAAGUGAACAGGCAGGAAAGUCAUCCUCAUGUCAGGGCUGUCCCAACCAGAAACUGUGUGCCUCUGGAGCCACCAAGGCCCCUGACCCUGCUAUAGCAGAGAUAGGAGAGAAGCUGUCGACAGUCAAACACAAGAUCCUCGUGCUGUCGGGUAAAGGAGGAGUAGGGAAGAGCACCUUCAGCGCUCACCUGGCUCACGCCCUGGCAAGCGACAGCAGGAAGGAGGUUGCCCUGCUAGAUGUAGAUAUCUGUGGUCCAUCCAUUCCUAGAAUCAUGGGCUUAGAGGGGGAACAGGUUCACCAGAGUGGCUCAGGCUGGUCUCCUGUGUAUGUGGAAGACAACCUGGCGGUCAUGUCUAUCGGCUUCCUGCUCAGUAGCCCUGAUGAUGCUGUGAUAUGGAGAGGACCCAAGAAGAAUGGGAUGAUCAAGCAGUUUUUGAGGGAUGUUGACUGGGGGGACCUGGAUUACCUCAUUGUGGACACGCCCCCUGGCACCUCUGACGAACACCUGUCAAUCGUCCAGUACCUAAGCUCCACCAGCGUCGAUGGAGCUGUCAUCAUCACCACACCACAGGAGGUAUCGUUGCAGGACGUACGAAAGGAGAUCCGGUUCUGUCAGAAGGUCAAGCUGCCGAUCAUCGGAGUGGUGGAGAACAUGAGCGGCUUCGUUUGUCCUUCAUGCAAGAACACAUCCCAGAUCUUCCCUCCCACCAGCGGGGGAGCUGAGCGGAUGUGUGCAGAUCUUAAUCUACCCCUGUUAGGAAAGGUUCCUCUAGACCCGAGGAUAGCACGAAGCUGUGACGAGGGCAGGUCUUUCCUCAAUGAAGUACCUGACUCUCCUGCUGCUGAAGUCUACCAGAGUAUUGUGCAGAGUAUUCAGGACUACUGUUCCAACCGUGUGACAGAGGAGCAGAGCACCACCUGACCCCACUCUGAUGGAGGCCAUAUUGGACCACAAGACCGGACAGAUCACAUGAUGACGAGCUACUGAAUAAGAAACGUACAGAGGACCACAAAGAGCAUUAAUAAUGCAAAAUUCACCAAAAGCCUGCCAGAAUUAUCUCAACAUCUUCCAUUAUCAUUUAAUUGUAAUAUAAUUGGGACUAGUUCCACCUCAAUAAAUAUUUAGAAAUAAUUACAGCUUUAUAAUGAUGAGUGGUCGUAUCCACAGAAGCACUUUGGCCGAAGUUUGAACCUCAGUGGUCGCGUUUCAAAAAACAACAACUUCAAACCACCAGUCCGAGCAGUUUUAUAAGUCAUCCUGAAAGAUAAAGCCGGCAAUAUUCUUUUGUCAGGUACUAUUUUCAGCUGCAGAUUAAGACACGUUUGGUGUUUGAUUGAGUAAUCAUGGCAGCUGGACUGUGUAUUUGGGAUUCAUCACAACAAGGGAACCUGUCUGUUCGUGUAACAGUGCAGUUCAGUUAUAUGAUUUAAUUGAUUUUGGACGCCACUGGAGCUCUACAGCACGUAGGAAACUAUAUGAGUCUUUGGAUACACAGGCAAUACUUCAGCCUUCAAUUCAUAAUUGUUUUUGGUCCUUUCAUGGAAUUUGUGACUAUGAGAAAAAUAGACUUUUCUGCAAUGUUAAAGGACAGGUUCUCUGCUUAUGAAUGAGACUGAUGUGGAUCUUGUGAUACAUCAGACAUUAGUAUAUGCCGGCAGUUCUUAUGGUUGAUGAAAAGCACUAAAACUCUACCCAUUGUGCUAAAGUAGGCAGUUUGGUGUUUGGGGAAGUUAAGAAAUCAAGUAGUAAAUCAAGCGAAAGUGUCAAACAGUUAACCGUUUCCUACAAGGUGAAGGACAGAGUCGUGUCUGUGACCCUCAUUGUCUCUGGUUACAGUGAAUCAGUAGUCAGUCCCACCAUCAGUGGGAUUUAAACUCAAGUCCUCUAAAUACAAAGCACAGCAUCAUCAUGGUAUGAAAAUUCAACUCGUCAUUUGAUUCUGUUGUCGCUGUGAUUGCAAUCAUUCCACAUUUGAAAUGAGGAGAGUGUACGUAUACGUUGACCUUUCAAGCCGUGUAGAUGUUUUGUUGUUGUUUUUUCAGGACAUGUACAGUGAAUUUAAAAAAAAAUUCAUGAAAAAAAAAAUGAUGAAAAGCUGCAGGCAAAAUGUACCAACAUUUGGCUCAUGGUGGGUUUUAAUUUUCUUCACCGACCGGAUGUAUCUGUUUAUAAAUCAGAGACUAAUUGAGAAAACAUGUUUGUAGUAUUUGUUGUAAUAAGUUUCCCUGGGUCUUGGCACCAUGUUUUAUUUGUCUGCGUGCGUGCGUGCGUGCGUGCGUGCGUGCGUGCGUGCGUGCGGUUACAGCUAUGAGCGUUCUCCCUUGUACU